AUGGCGAAAGAGCCUCUGGUAGCAUUCCAGUUCAAAUAUCGCUCUAUCGCCGCACUGAAAACUCUCGGCAUGAUAUCCCGGUCACCAAGUCCAUCUUCAGCUCCAAAACUAGAGUUGGUCAAGAAGGAAGCGUUACCUGAGCCCACACCGGAUAUUAUCCCGAACGUCAUAUCACCUGCUACUACUCCACAACCACAAGCCGCCAGCAGCACACCCACUCCGUCCCAACAGGAUUCAGGUCAACCCAUUCUUACCGAACACCACGGACUCAGAGAUUCAGAAAUCAUUGCUCUCAUCAAGCACUACCGGGGCGACACCAAAGGGCUGGCGGGUCAAAGCCGGAAGCGUCUACUGCUACUGCUCAAGCAUUACGAGGUACGGACCUUCAAAUUCGGGAUCUGUAAGCCAUUAACCAUUAUGCAGGAAGAAGACGCGGAAAGCGUACAGAUCAAGCAAGAGCCCAUCUCGAAUGCAUCGCAGGCGCGGAUCAAGCGCGAGCACGCUGAUGAUGGCGCUGCGCGCGGACAGGGAAAGAAGCGCAAGCCUGAAGUCAUAGUCUUGGAUGAUUGA